CGCCACCCAGCGCGGCGGCCAUGGCGACGGCAGCAGCGACUCCUCCCCAUGGCGGCCUCCCGGAAGAGGUCGUGGUAUGGGAGAUCCUCGUCCGCCUGCCCCCAAAAUCCCUCCUCCGCUGCCGCGCCGUCUGCCGCGCCUGGCGCAGCGCCACCUCCGCCCGCGACUUCCUCGCCGCCCACCACGCCCGUCAGCCCAACCUCCCCAUCGCCUUCCAGGAAUACCACGGCGGCCAAAGCUUACUCGCCUUCGACAACCGGGGCGCCGCCGCCGCCCAGCUCCAACCCGUCGCCCGGCUUGACGACGACUCCAGUCUGGAAGCCUCCUGUGACGGUCUACUCCUCCUCACCGACUAUGGCAGGGGUGUUCCAAGGUUCUGUGUCUGCAACCCGGCCACUCGUCAGUUUGCUUGCUUGCCGACGCUUUCUGGUUUCGUGCCUCUGGCUCUGGGGAUGUAUCGGCACGGCCCGACUGGCGAGUACCGAGUACUCGUCUGCCCGAGAGAUGAAGAUCCGGCGACUGAUGCAUGCUACAUCUUCGCAUUGGGCUCCGUCCAUCCACUGAAGAACAUCGGAUGGCUGCCGGAGGUGGAUGAAAUGUGUUCCAGUGCUGUUCUCUCCCGUGGUAGCCUGCAUUGGCACCUGCAGCAGUAUGAGAGUGCAGCCAAAGUGAUAAUGGCAUUCGACACCACAGCUGAGUCAUUCCGGCGGAUGCGUGGUCCAGUCGUUCCUAGCAGCGAUGGCCUAUUUGCUGGCAUGUUUGAAAUGGAUGGCAUUCUCGGCGUGGCCUGCUCUAAUGACAAAGACAAAAUCAUUGGCAUAUGGAUGAUGCAGGACUACGAAAGCGAGAUCUGGACCUUAAAAUACCGCUUUGAAUUGCCGUUUGAGGAGAUCAAGAUGCAGUGUGACAUGAGGCAGGUUAGGGUGAAGCAUGGCGAUAUGUUGAUUGUGGUUGUGCCCGAUGGCAAUGGUGAGUUGCUCGUGCUAUCACGAUUUGGCAAUGGGCUGUUUCAGAUUAACAUGGAUGGCAAGUUGGUUGGAAGUUUCUACCGUGAAGACCUCUGUCUUACUCAACUUCAGCUCAAACAAACUCUUGUUCCGCAUACAUUCUUUCCGGCGCUAGAGAGUUAUGUUGUGAAUGCUCCACCUUUCAUCUGAGGGCUGUUGAGUG